AUGAAAUAUAUCAUCUCCGAGAAACGCACCACUGACAUUGAGCUUAUACUUUUGACUGAAACAUGCAAUAUUAUCUUGCAAGGUAUGAAGAUUCAUGUGAAAGAUAAAGAUAUGGACUAUGUCACCAUUCCAUGCACUAUUGGAGAUAUACAAUUCAAGAAGGCGCUUAUUGAUUUGGGAGCUAGUAUGAGUCUUAUGCCCUUUUCUAUCUAUAGAAAGUUAGGCAUUGGUACUAUUCAGGAUACCAGAAUGAAACUUCAGUUUAUAUACCACUCAGUGAAGAGACCUUAUAGUAUAGUAGAAGAUAUUCUGGUAAAAAUAGACAAGUUUAUGUUUCCUGAUGAUUUUGUGAUUCUUGAAAUGUCUAAAGGAAGAUGUAUGAUAGACAUAGAGGAUGGAACUGUGACCCUUAAGGUUUAUGAUGAAGAAUUGAAAAUUGAUGUCCAGAAUACUAUGAGGUAUAAAGAUGAUGUGGAGACUAGUAAUAUAGUUAAGGUGUUAGACAUAGUGAUUGCUCAGUCUAUUCAGAACCAAAUAUUUAAGUUGCCUUUAGAAAGAGUCCUUAGCCUUUCUGCUUAA